AUGUGGCUGAGGGGGCCGCUGGCCAAUGUGAUGAACGCCAUCGCGCCCAUCCUUAACAUCAAUUUUAGAAGUCGCAGCUUUGCAUUUUUCCCAUGGGUGAGGUACGAGUGGGUGGCUGCUGCGGGAGGCGUGUGGGGCACAAGACUACCCAACGGCUCCUACAACGGCAUGGUGGGCAUGGUGGAGCGCCAGGAAGUUGACCUUGCUCUGGGGCCGUUUGGAAUGACAGAAGCUCGAGCAAAAGUGAAAAUGAAAGCCAAAACUGGAAAAGAAUUCAAGACCACUAAUGAAUCCAAUGUUCAUCUCUCGCUCAGAAUCAAAAUCACGGAGAUCAUUGUACUUGUUCGGGAAUCCAUGUGGACAUUGUACGAGAUCCUCAUGCAACAGAGCGUGCCAAGCAGUCGACUGAGAGUAUGUACAGUAACAUGGCUGUGGUUGGUCACAUGUCUCGUUGUGAUGAGGAGCUACAGCUCAGGACUGACAUCCCUGCUCGCCGUCAGGAGAGUUCCUGUACACAUCAACUCCUUACAGGACCUCGUCCGAUCCCCAGGAGUGCCCAUGCUGCUCGAGAAGGACACGGCUUUCACUGAGCACAUUAAUCGGUCUCAAGAUGGCAUUUAUAAGGAAAUUCGCGACCAGUCUACGCGUCUCAAGCCGAUCAAGAUGGAGGACAUGGAGAGGGUGGCCGCGGCCACGGUGAUGGAGGAGGACGCCGCUCUGCUGGUCGACGAUCUUAUCUGCUUCGCGCUCAUGGCGGGCCACUUCAAGAAGCAUGGCGAGUGCGGCAUGAUGCUCGCAGACGAGACCUUCUGGCCACUGCAGCUGAGCAUCAUCGGCCAGCGCAACUCAAAUCUCGUGGACCGCAUCAGCCCGCACAUCAGAAGCCUCGUGGAGCAAGAUCUGUACAACCUCUGGCUACGGCGAGAACUCGGUGACUAUUUCUCAUGUCUGCAUAAACCAAAGAAGUUCACCAUCAACGAACCCAUCAGCAUCCGGACCCUUUGGGGAGUGAUGUGUGUGCUGGCCGCAGGUCUGUCGGUCGCCCUCCUCGUCUUCGUUGCUGAGCGUCGCGUGGUCAGCGUCCCGCCUUGUCGCCUCAGUUUACCCUGA